AGACAUUAUUUGUUAAACCCUACUUCCCCACAGUGCGUCGCUAAAGUGGAAGAACCACGAAGCGAGAGAAAUGGAUUCAGCGAAUGAAGCAAUGGCGACUGAACUGGAAGAACAACGCUUAACCGAAUGGCGUCUGCAUCGCGGCCCUUACCUUGGUGACAUUUCAGCUCUCUGUUUUCUUCACCUUCCCAAUCAUCCUCUUCCUCUUCUACUAGCUGGUUUGGGUUCUGAGAUUCUGUUGUAUGAGUUAGAAUUUGGAAAGAUAGUGAAAUCCUAUUCGGUUUUCGAUGGCGUUCGUGUGCACGGGAUUAGUUCUAGUUCGGAAUCUAUAAUUGCGGUGUUUGGAGAAAAGAGAGUUAAACUGUUUAGCUUCUUGUUUGAAAAUGGUGAUCCCGGGAGUCCACGGUUAAGGCUGAUUCAUUUGUUGCCGAAAUUUAGUCACUGGAUUUUGGAUGUUUGCUUCCUCAGGGGCUGUUUACCAUGUUCGAAUGUGGAAAGCCAUUUUCUUGCUAUAGGAUGUAGCGACAAUUCAGUUCAAAUAUGGGACAUUUCUAACUCUAAUACGGUUCUCAAGGUUCAAUCACCAGUAAGGUGCCUUUUGUACUCAAUGCGAUUAUGGGGUCACAAUCUUGAAGUUCUCCGAAUUGCAUCCGGUACAAUAUUUAACGAGAUUGUUGUUUGGAAAGUGGCCUCUCCACAUGAUAAAUCUUCAACAACUCCAGAAGAUCACGAGCACCGAGGCUCCAAUUGCAGCUCACCAAAAGAUAAUCUGUACGAGUCUGUUCACGUGUGUAAACUUGUUGGACACGAAGGUUCAAUUUUCCGAAUAGCAUGGUCGUCUUGUGGAUCUAAAUUGCUAUCUGUUUCUGACGACCGUAGCGCACGUGUCUGGACAAUUCCUAUUGAAAGGGAGGAUUCAUUAUACCAUGACCCCAUUGCCCUUGUCUUAUUUGGACAUAAUGCUCGAGUUUGGGACUGCUGUAUUUCUGAUGAUUUUAUUGUGACUGUCAGUGAGGAUUGUACAUGUCGUAUAUGGGGAAUUGAUGGUGAACAGCUGCAAGUCAUUAGGGAGCACAUAGGAAGGGGUAUAUGGAGAUGUUUGUAUGAACCAAAAUUGUCACUUCUUAUAACUGCCGGGUUUGAUUCUGCUAUCAAGGUGCAUAGGCCUCCUGCUUUUCUGUCUGGGGGCUUGGCUGAAGCACAAUUGUCCCACGGAAGAACAGAAAUGUUUUCCAUUUGCAUCCCGCAUGUGCUGCAGCAUAUUGGAUUGACGGACAGCAAGAGUGAAUACGUUCGUUGUUUGCGUUUUUCCUCUCAGGGUUCUCUUUAUGUUGCUACCAAUCAUGGUUAUCUCUACCAUGCUAAAUUAUGUGAAACUGGAGGUGCUCAUUGGAAUCAGCUUGUUCAGGUCAGCAACGGGGCUCCAAUUAUCUGUAUGGAUUUAUUGUCCAAGGACUCAUUUGAACUUGGAUGUGGUGAUGAAGAUUGGAUCACCAUUGGAGAUGGUAAAGGAAAUAUGACAGUUAUUGGAGUUACUAACAAUGACUCUACUCCUACAGUUAGAUUGAGCUUUACAUGGCAAGCUGAAAUGGAGCGACAGCUUUUGGGUACUUAUUGGUGCAAAUCCUUGGGAUGCAGGUAUGUCUUUUCAGCCGACCCUAGAGGAAAAUUGAAACUCUGGAGGUUGCCCGACCCUUCACAAUCUUAUAGCCAAAGCUCCAUGAGGGAUAACAUUGUUUCGCAUACAGCAGAGUUCAUAUCAAGUUACGGAAUGCGAAUCAUGUGUUUGGAUGCAUGCUUGGAGGACGAGGUCCUAGCUUGUGGAGAUCUACGUGGUAAUAUGGUUUUGUUUCCUUUGCUAAAAAAUCUGGUGCUGGGCACAUCUGUUGCACAAGAGAUGAAAAUACCCCCAGUAAAUCAUUUUAAAGGUGUUCAUGGGAUUUCAAGCGUCUCCAGCGUUGUUGUAACUAAGCUUGGUUACAAUCAAAUUGAGAUACGCUCUACUGGAGCAGAUGGUUGUGUAUGCUACCUGGAAUAUGAUAGAGAAAUGCAGAAUUUGCAAUUUACAGGGAUGAAACAAGUGAAAGAAUUGACUUUGAUCGAGCAUGUUUCUGUUGAUAGCAUGUCGGAAGAUACAUCAAGAAGCUAUGCAGCAGGUUUUGCAUCUGUAGAUUUCAUAAUAUGGAAUUUAGUCAAUGAGAAUAAGGUGGUGAAAAUUCCAUGUGGUGGCUGGCGGCGUCCUCAUUCCUAUUUUCUAGGUGAUGUACCAGAGAUGAAGAACUGUUUUGCCUUUGUUAAGGAUGAAAUGAUAUAUAUACAUAGACACUGGGUUAAUGAUAACAAUGGGAAAAUAUACCCUUUGAGUUUGCAUAUGCAAUUCCAUGGGAGGGAGAUACAUUCAUUGUGCUUCAUACAUGGAGAUAUGCUCCUGGGAGAUUGUUAUAAGCAUGCAUUAUUUUCCAAAUCAAGCUGGAUUGCAACUGGAUGUGAAGAUGGGACUGUGAGACUGACUUGGUACUCUCCAGGUAUUGAGAACUGGUCCACGUCAAAAUUGCUUGGUGAGCAUGUUGGUGGAUCAGCUGUAAGAUCAAUUUGUUGCGUCUCAAAACUACACAUCAUUCCAUCAGCUACAACUACUGUACCUGAUGACAAGAGCAAACUAAAUGUUGCUGAUGUGGACAAAGAUAAUCCAACCUUACUGAUAUCAGUGGGUGCAAAGCGUGUCUUAACUUCUUGGCUACUCAAAAGUACGAGGUUGAAGAACAAAACUGACUUCCACACUGAUAAUCAGCAAGAUUCAAAAGAAGUUGAUGAUCGACUUUUGUCAAGUUUGUCUUCUUCAAUGACGUUCCAGUGGCUUUCCACUGACAUGCCAACCAAAUAUUCAACUACACACAGAUAUGCAGAAAAUAAUGCGGGGAAAGUAGAUGUUGCUGAAAAUGGUUCAAAUAUAAAAGUUGAUGCUGAACCUAGAAUGGUGAACUUGGUCAGAGAUAAACAUGAGGAUGACUGGAGAUAUCUUGCAGUCACUGCUUUUCUUGUUAAAUGUGCUGGUUCCAGGAUAUCUGUCUGUUUUGUUGUCGUUGCUUGUUCGGAUGCUACAGUUAUGUUACGGGCUUUAAUUUUGCCCUUUCGCUUAUGGUUUGACAUUGCAUUACUUGUUCCUUUAUUGGCACCUGUUUUGUCAUUGCAGCAUAUCAUCUUUCCCACUCGUACGCCUCAUAAAGAUAGUAUCCAAGUUGGAAAUGCUUAUGUUGUGAUUAGUGGAUCUACUGAUGGGUGUGUUACAUUUUGGGACCUGACUGACAGUGUGGAAGCUUUUAUGCAGAGAGUUUCGGUUUGUGAUGUAGAGAAGCUUUUUGAUUGUCAGAAACGACCACGCACAGGUAGAGGAAGUCAGGGGGGCAGACAGUGGAGAUUUUACAGCCGUGGGUUGUCAAAGAAAAGGCAAGAUAACAAUUUGGCGACUUCAAAAGUCAAAAACAAGUCUGGAAGCAUCAAUUCUACCACAAAUGUGACCUCUUCAGUGCCAAAUAAAUCUGAAGACAACAAUACGGUUUGUUCUCAAGCCAUGCACGCAGCUUCCCCUGAGUUAGAAAAUAAGAUUGAUAAUUCGUCAGCAGAAAUAUGUGAAAUACAACCUCUACGCCUUUUGAAAAAUGUUCACCAAUCUGGUGUCAACUGUCUCCAUGUAUCAGAGAUAAAAGGUGGCCAAAAUAAUGACAGUUCUCGUAUGUACAGCAUAGUUAGUGGGGGUGAUGAUCAAUCACUUCAUCAUAUCGUGGUUGAGUUAUCACCUAAAGCAACAAAUUUUGAUGGGAUUUUAACCCCACAUAUAACCCAUUUGGCCACUGAACCUGAAAAUGUAAAGGACACCAAUUUUCAAAAUCAGAGUAGAAGCUACGAGAUCAGAUUCUUAAAUUCUGAAAAAUUUCCUUCUGCCCACAGCUCUUCUGUGAAAGGUGUAUGGACAGAUGGAUCAUGGGUGUUUUCGACUGGACUUGAUCAGCGGGUCAGAUGCUGGCAUCUUCAACAGAAUAAACUAAUAGAACGUGCACACCUAAUAGUUAGUGUGCCGGAGCCAGAAACGUUAUCUGCCAAGGCUUGUAGCAGGAAUCAUUAUCAGAUUGCUGUUGCUGGAAGAGGGAUGCAAAUAGUGGAUUUCUCAGGAUGCUAACACGAUUGUUGUUACUUUAUUCUAUACAUCAGAAUAAUUUAUGGAGGUGCAAUUUGUUCAACCUCGUUCAGUUGUAUCUAUUUCUAACCCUGAUGGUAUUCACUAGUAUAUUGGCAAAAUGGUCUGGUUGAUCCAUGCCCCUGAAAACUGUAUUGGUAUCAGUGUAACUGUUCAUAUGCAUCUUAUGAUGUUGGGAAUCUGCAAUGUAACUCGUACUAUAAAUUAUUUGAAAUCUAAGGAUUACUGUGUCGCGUUGAUGUUUCUCACA